CUUCACUUUCAUAACCGCCUGCCUGCCAUUGUCCCAACACAGCAACGCCGUCUCUCAUCCUCGCCCACCUCCCUCGAUCCCCCACCCGCGCGCGCACGCAUUCAUCGCAUCAGCCUGCGCGCAAUCCCCUCGUCAACCGCCGCCAUGAGCUCCAUCGACGACCUCCUGAAUCACGAGGCUGCGGCUGGUGCUCGACGCGGCUCUGAUUCUCAAUCGCAACCCGAAGAGCAGCAGCAACAGCCGACGCCACCCGCCGCAGAUUCUGCCGACACCGCCUAUGUUGCCCACACAACCUACGAAGCUGCAGACGCCCUCACCACCCUCGCCACUCUGGGCAGCGGCCAGCAGUAUGCUCCCAGCCCUUCGGCCACGCGCGAGCUGCCCCCACCCACCGCACAUUCCCCACCGAAGCCGCCGUCACAGCGCUCCGCCAGCUUCAGUUCCACUUCACGCCCUGUUGUCGUCGAACCAGACCUGCCCGCCGACCAGCCUCAAUCGCACUCACCUACACUAGAACACUACCACCACGAGUCCAAGUCGCCCGAAGAGCAGCGCCGCCAAUCCAUCUCGUUGGCUGCUGCUCGAACCUCGCCCGCACCCGUCUUAGCUCCCAUUCAGACCGUCUCCCCUACGCGAGCCCACGACGCACAGCCCUCUCCGAGCUCCGAACAAAUACCCCAGCCGCACGCUGUCAAACAUGAAUCGACUCCCACCUCGCACGCGAGUCCGCCCGCCCAACCUCCCGCCGAGCGACAAGCAUCCGUUACAACAGAGACAAUUGACGCCGAUACACGCAAGGCAAUCGAGCUGGCGAAGCAAGAUUUGGGCCUGCGCGUGAAGCGCAACGCAAGCGUUGUUGAGAGCAUAGCCUCUCCCACAGAGCAGAAGCCUGCGCCCUCGAAGAAACGUCCCGCGCCGGGGUCCACUUCCACUAUCAAGAAGAAGGGCACCGCGACGGCCAAAAAGCCUUCCAAGAAACGGAAGAUUGAUACCGACGACAAUGCGAGCGUUCGAUCGGUGACUCCCACAUCGCGCUCUGCCAAAAACCCUCCCAGCAAAGCCUCCAAGAACCGUUCGCAGGGCGGCACUCCAGCGGCAGGCUCCUCACCUGCUCCCGAUCACUCGUCACAGGUACACCCAUCGGAUGACGAAAACGAAUCCUCGGAAGACAGCACCCUCUACUGCAUCUGCAAGAAGCCCGACAACCAUAGGUGGAUGAUCGGAUGCGAUGGCGGGUGCGAUGACUGGUUCCAUGGCAGCUGCGUCGACAUGCAACAGGCGGACGAAGACUUGGUCGACAAAUUCAUCUGUCCGCUUUGCGAGGAGAAGGGUCGGGGGCAGACAACAUACAAGCCCAUGUGUCGCCGCGACGGCUGUCGGAAACCCGCGCGCCUAGUCAAAGGCAAGGAAAGCAAAUACUGCUCAGACGAAUGCGGAGCCUCAUUCUUCACCGAACAACUGCAGCGGACGGCUGGCGCAAAGGCAAAACCCAAGAGGUCGAAGAAGAAGAACAGCAAGCACGGCGAAGACACAGGGUCAGAUGACGAUGACGAGCCGACCCCAUUGGGUGGUGUCCUGCGCGCCAAAGACCUCAAGGCCCUACUCGAGCCGUGCAAAGAAAUCCAAGCGUUCAAAGCACUCGGUUCCGGCGUCCUCUCCCCUCCCCAAACCGCACCUCCAUCGCAGACGGCCUUUGACACCUCCCUCUACGAGGAUCUCUCCCUCACAGCCGGCGAAACUGAGCGCUUAAAAGCCCUUUACAACGAGAAAACGCAGCUUGAAGACCGCCUCGAACUCCUGCGAGACCGCGAGAAAUUCGUCAGCAUGGUCAAAGAGCAAGCUGUGCGCGUUGCAGAUCGGGAAAAGAUGAAGACAAAGGAUUUUUGCGGGUACGACUCGCGUCUCGCGUGGUCUGACGCAGAGUUUCUGAAUUGGCGGAGUACCAGGGAGGGACAAGCUUCUUUCAAGUUUUCUACGCUUUCGCCGUCGGAAAAGCAGGUCGCCUCUCUCGACUCCACAGCUUCCAGAGACAAAGACGUCGACAUGCCGGACUCCAACAACGACCAGGAAGAUGAAGAGCCCACCGACGACAACACAGACCACAUCUGCAUGAAGAAGCGCUGCCAGAAACAUCCCCAAUGGCAAAAGCUCAAUCUUCAGGACGCCCGGUUCGAGGAACUCGAGAUUGCGCAGUCGAUUAAAGAAUGCGAAAAGGAUGAACGCAGUGUGAAAGACCGCGCUAGACGGCGUGGGGCAAAGGAUCAGAUGGCCAAGGAACUUACGACCGGGAAGGCCAACGGUGAUGUCAAUGGUGACGGAGUGACAGCAGCACCGGUCGAACCCAGGAACCGCGAGGGAUGGGUCGAGAUGGUGCAGGUUCAGGUGCAGUGA